AUCCCAUUUCACAGUAAAUAAUCUGGAUCCCGCUUUCCAGUUCCACUGUAUCUCGUAUUCCACAGCUCCCCGACGACCGUCUGCCUCCAAGGCAUCUUUAUCACGUCUUUCCUUCGCUUAUUCGCACCAGUUGACAGACUCAGCAUUUCUGCCCAAAGUUUGUGUACUCGCGGCCUAUUUUUUGACUUGCUUGCAGCGUUCUCAGUCGUUCUAACUUGGAUUCUUGUGCUCUUUGUUGUCGGAUUGCUAUCUGACCAAUGGGACUUCAUCACUUGGCAGCAAGCAGCGCGGCUGUGCUCCUAGCGGGCGGCACUGCAGCGUAUCUAAAAGCGAAUUCCCUGCCUUCUUUGGUGGGUAGUGCCGGGUUGGCCAGCACUUUCAUGGCAAGCACCUAUUUCUUCACGCAAACCGACCAUAUUGGCGGGGCGUCGCUUAUGGCGACUCUUGGCGGUGUAGCCACCGCUGCCGUGGGAUACAGGAGGUACAUGGUAGCGGCGAAGCCAACCGUGCCAGUCACCCUGAUUGUUAUGGGGGUACUCAACACAGCUUACUACGGCUACCAGACGUUGCAGUUCAAGGACAACAUCACAGGCGCGAGAACUGUGCCCGCGUCUGGGGAGGAGCUGCGCGAAGGACGUCUGAUGCCAAGGCGAUUGGAAUAGACACAGGGGCAAAACAGGCGUGAAACUUUACAGGGAAAACGAGGGCAUUGGAGAUGUUAGGUGGCCGUGGAAAGGGCGAUGAGUAACGCAGCGAUGAUUGACUUUUUAGUUUGUGGUACUAAUAUCCUUGGGUGAAAUCCCUUCCGCGUUUCACCGUCGUGCUUUUCACACGAUUGGCGGUUCCUUAUAUGUAGACGAAAUGCCAACCCCUAACCGCAACAGGAACUGAAGUAGAGAGAAUGGCAAAACGAAGGCUUCUGUUGCUUUGUCAAUCGAACCACGCGUUUGGUCUCUAUCCCCGCUUACGUUAGAGUCCAAGUAUAUUUAUGUCCUCGUUUUGAUCUUUCCACGGCAGCCGAAGGUAGCGGAACGACAACCGAGUCACAAAAACGGUCCAG